CUGACGACGUGAGUGAGAGGCUUUCGAGACGCUGGAUUCAAUCAUUCAUACCUUGAGAACAAAUGGUACAGUUCAGCUAUGGCAGAGAUUAUCUUAACCCUUAGAAAAAGAGCUUGAAAAUGAAAAAAAAAUGGGAGAAAUUUACUCUAGCAAUGUGGAGAUAUUGAUGAUUGCAGGAUGAUAUUUUUGUCGUAGUUUUUUGUUGAAAAGAAUUGACUAUUCAACGGCGAUGCAGGCGAUUUUUUCUUCUUUUUUUUUGCAACAAAAAGGAAGUUUCAUCUCAUUGUCGGAUGUUUCAUCCGGUAAUGAAGGAGUGACUCAUUCUAAGAAUAACUUUAAAGAAAUUUGUGAAAAUUUGAAUUUUUCAUAAAAAACAAGUAUUUAAGAGAAAAAUUGUUUUUCAAGAGUAUUACUCCAAGAUUCAUUAAAAAUUGUCUGAUCUUGUCUAUAAAAUCCUCCCAAAGGUCAAGUUUACCACAUCUUUUCAUCCGCCAAUCUUGCUCAUUAUCUCCAAAUGCCAUCUCAAACACAGAUCAUGUCCUCAUUUUCAGUAUCAGUAGGAAGUGUCGUCGGUUUAUUUAUGGGAGCAAGUCUCCUGAGCAUCAUAGAACUCCUCUACUGGCUCAUCAUACGCACAAAUCCAUAAUUACAUAAACAUCAAUCACCCAGUGACACCUGAAUACCCAUCAUGAGUUUUUAUUUACCAUCCAAUUCCCCGACGAUUCCGGAAGCAUAUAAAGAUGUUGCAUUCAUCCGACUGUGCCCCACACCACCAACAAUGUCGGACAAGUGUCUGGUGACGCUCCAAGACGCGAAGCUCAUCGCAAAAGCCGCGGUGGGACCGUUAGCAGAGGUACUCGACUUCACAGUCACCAAUUACUCAUCAGAGAAGUUGGGCUUCCUAGGCUCGCAUCGUUACCUGAAAAUCUUGGUUAAGGAGGAUCAUGGAGAGGACUCAGAACGUGAGGUCAGCUGCUUCGUUAAGGCUUUGCCUAUGGACAGCCCUCUGCAGCUCCUCUAUGCCCAGGAAUCCAGGACCUUUGAAAAAGAGGCAGCUUUUUUCACCAAGAUUGCCCCUCUGAUGACUACGGAUUCUUCUGGGCCAAGCUGGUGCCCACGGUGUUAUCUUGUCAAGGAUAACGCUCUUAUCUUCGAGGAUCUUGGAAUACAGGAUUUCAAGAUGAGGGACAAGCUUUUCGAUGAGGUCGUCAUCAAAUCAGGUCUGAGAGCAUUGGCAAAUCUGCACUCAGCGUCCCUCAGAGCUGAAAGGCGAAUGGGAAAGCUCUUCAAGGAUAUCUUCCCCGAAGAUCUCUACGAGGUGGCCUUUGUGAAAUCAGUAGACAAGCGGAGGAAGUGGUUCCUGGCAGGGGUAAACGUGGCCAUCAGUGUAGCCGAGGACAUGGGUCUAGAUCCCUCAAAACUUCUCGAGACGUUCGACCGCAUCUUUGAGGCCAUGGAGACUUCAAAAAGCAAGAUAAAUGUCAUCAGUCAUGGUGACUUGUGGGGGAACAAUCUCCUGUUCAAUGAUCAGAAGCCCCCAGAGUGCAAAUUGGUCGACUUUCAGCUGUUCAGGUACUCUCCAGUAGGCCAUGAUCUCGCACAAUUUCUUUAUCUCUGUGCAUCCAGAGAAUUAAGGGAUUCCAAAAAAGAAGAACUCUUGAUGUAUUACUGGGAUCAGCUUCAGGAAAUUGGGGGGGAGGCAAGUGAGGCGAAGAACCUUCCGACGUUGGAGGAAGUUCUUCAGGGAUACGAAGAGCAGAGGAUUGCUGCCUGCUGCACGGCUGCCAUUUACUUUCCAACAGUACUGUUGAGUGGAGCCAUUGGGGCGGAGAUUAUGGAUCGUGGAGAGAGUUAUGAGCAGUACUAUUUCGAGGACCGCAGGGAAAUCGUUAUAGGGAUCAUGAAGAGGGAUACCGUUUAUGGGGAGAGGAUUAGAGAGACUGUCAGGGAACUCGUGGAAAUGUCAUUUAAGAUCGAUGAAUUUCCAGUUCCGUGCUAAAUUCAAGAAUAUUGAGUGGCUGGAGAAUUUUUGCUGGAGAUAAGAUCUUCCGUGAAAAGGUCGAGUGUUUUUGACAGAAUAUCAUUGAGAUUUUAAUAAUUUUCACUAUUUCUCGAAAAGAAGGAUGCAGACAAUCUUCUGUUCAAUGAUACCGAACCCUCGAAGUGCAAUUCAGUCGAUUUUCAGGUACUUUUCACCGCGUCAUUAUCUGGCACAGUUUCUUUAUCUUUAUGCUUCCAGACAGUUCGAGGACUUCAGGGAGGGAGAAUUCUUGAAACAUUACUUUGGUGAGUUUGUAUAGUGUAUUCGAGGGAUGUUGUCGAGGCGAUGAAUGUUUCGACCUUGAAUCAUCUCCCUCUAUUAAUAAUUGAGAGCAAUCUCGCUAACCCCUUUAAAAAUAUCAUAUUUAUUUCAAUGAAAUAAUAACGAACAUACGUAUUAACGCGGUAAAAUCCUAGCCAGAAAACUCCAAUCCAAACUGACGAGUUUCACGUCAUUACUAUCAUUAUCAUUACCACCUUCAGCCUCCGUGGCAGUCGUCUCGAUACUUUGAUGGUCUCUCACCACAAUUCCGUCAUCUUCGUCACUAUCGUCGGAAUUUUGGGACUCACUAUUGGCAUCACUAAAAAAACCAUCUAAUUUUAGAAAGAAACUAGCCUAUGCAUAGCGAGAAAUAAAUCUCCAAAUACUUGACAAGAUAAUCCAAUCAUUGUAUUUUAAUGGAUAAUAAAAGUCCAAUGGUUUUUUAAACAAAUAAAGAAAUAAGUUUGUAAAAUA